AAACAGCUUCGACUUAGAUUUUUGACAUUCUGCCUCGAUAAUUCGGUUUAUAUUCAAGUAUCGGUGUACAGAAUACUCAGGCAUCUUUAAGCUACUUGAAUUAUAUCCUUAACUCAGAAACAACGACCCUUCCAACACCAAUUCCUCAAACAACAUGGAAGAUAUAGAAAUGGACGAGGGCAACAUAGCCCUCGAAACCCCAGCAACCGACAUCUUUGUACCGCCCUCCAUCCACAAGCCCGCCACCCUCGCCGGCGAAACAUACACACACUUCUCCCCCGUCCCCCCGUCCCUCCUCCCCUCAGACCCCUCAUCCACAACAGACAAACCCCAAGCCGGAACCCCCUGCGUCCUCGGCGUCGACGAAGCCGGCCGCGGCCCGGUCCUCGGCCCCAUGGUCUACGGAGUCUUCUACCUGCCGCUAACCUCCUCCGACACCCUCCUCAAAGAAACCCACCACUUCGACGACUCCAAAGUCCUAACCGCCACCGUCCGCUCCUCCCUAAUGCAAACCCUGUGCACCCCCUCAACAGACCUGCACUCCACCUGCGGAUGGGCCGUAUCGUGCCUCUCAGCCCGGGACCUCGGAGCCAACAUGCAGCGACCCAGCACCGCCGCGCCAUACAACCUCAACGCGCAAGCGCUGGACGCAACGAUAACCCUGAUCCAAGGCGUCUUCGACCGCGGCGUCAACGUCCGCGAGAUCUACGUCGACACCGUCGGGCCCCCGGCAUCCUACCAAGCGAAGCUCGCGCGCGUGUUCCCCACGACGCGGAUCACAGUGGCGAAGAAGGCGGAUAGCCUGUACCCAUGCGUCAGCGCGGCCAGUGUGUGUGCGAAGGUAACGCGGGACGCCGCGUUAGAAACGCUGUAUGAAGCGCGAGCGUUAGCCGGGUUAGCGGAGAAGGGCAACACGAUCGCGGACGAAGAGGAGGCGGAGGAGCUGAGCUGGGGGUCGGGAUAUCCGUCUGAUGUGCGGUGUGUGACGUGGUUGCGGCGGAACAUGCACCCCGUGUUCGGGUGGGGGCCGGAGUGUCGGUUUAGCUGGGGGACGGCGAAGAAUAUGUUAGAGACGAAGGAGGGUGUUAAGGUCGACUGGCCGGUCGAUGAGGAUGAUGAGAAUAGUCGGCUUACGGAUUACUUCGCCGAUAAGGAUAAAGAGGCAGAUGAGUUGGGGACGUGGUUUGGGACGCCAGCGGGCCUAGAAGCUUUUUGAGUUAAAGUCUGAAAUGUUGGGAUGAUAUUAUCGCAUGAGCAUGGAUCACGGUGUUUGGAUGGGGUAUUUGUUAUAAAUCAGUGUCU